AGAGGAGCAUCAUCCUCAUCGCAGCGGGAGAGGGCAUUUAUAGCACCCUGAGAGACUCGCUGACAGAAAAGAUACCAGCAUUUUCCACUGGUUUCCUUCCCUCUUGGCUGUUAACGCAAGCUGUCCAACUUUCCAGCAGCGGAGGAUAUGUGAUAUCAAGAGGAUCCGACAUGAAUGAGACCGGAGUUCAAACUCUGGCUACGGAGCCAUGUGACCAACAGAUCCAACUGGAUCCGGACAACGGCGGUGGGAACUGCAGCUCGGGUUCCUCCGGCAACCUGUCGCUGUACUGUUGGCUGCAGCUGCUCACCAGAGAAUCCAGCACGGAGUUCCAAGGAGACGGCUCCAGCUUGGCGGUGCGGGUGAUGAUAGCGUGCGUCUACUCCGUGGUGUGCGCGCUGGGGCUGGUGGGGAACGUGCUGGCGCUCUAUCUGCUGCACUCGCGCUACAGGCAGAAGCAGUCGUCCAUCAACUGCUUCGUGAUGGGGCUGGCCAUCACGGAUUUGCAGUUUGUCCUGACUUUGCCCUUCUGGGCGGUGGACACGGCCCUGGACUUCCGAUGGCCGUUCGGACGCAUCAUGUGCAAAAUAAUCAGCUCCGUCACGACCAUGAACAUGUACGCCAGCGUUUUCUUCCUCACGGCGAUGAGCGUGGCGCGGUAUUACUCCAUCUCCACGGCGCUGAAGAUGCACAGCCGUAGGGCGGCGGCGGCCCGAGCCAAGUGGACCAGCCUGGGCAUCUGGGCCGUGUCCCUGCUGGUCACUCUGCCACACGCCAUCUACUCCACCACCGCCCAGGUGUCGGACGAGGAGCUGUGUCUGGUGCGCUUCCCGGAGACGGCCAACUGGGAUCCGCAGCUUCUUUUAGGCUUGUACCAUCUGCAAAAGGUCCUGCUGGGCUUCCUCAUCCCGCUGAUCAUCAUCACCGUCUGCUACCUGCUACUCCUGCGCCUCAUUCUCAGCCGACGCAUUUCAGGCGCCGCCAAUCCCGAGGCGGAGCAAGGCCGCCAGAGCCGGCGCUCCAAAGUGACCAAAUCCAUCGUGAUCGUGGUCUUGUCCUUCUUCCUGUGCUGGCUUCCCAAUCAGGCGCUGACGGUGUGGGGGGUUCUCAUCAAGUUUGACCUGGUGCCCUUCAGCAAGGCGUUCUACAACGCACAAGCCUACGCCUUCCCCCUGACGGUGUGCCUGGCGCACACCAACAGUUGCCUCAACCCCGUGCUCUACUGCCUGAUCCGCCGUGAGUUCCGCGCGGGUCUCAAGGAAAUUGUCCUCCACACCACGCCGUCCUUCAGGUGUCUGACUCAGCUGCUACGCCGCAAAGGCAAAGUGGCGGAAGCGCCACCUGUCCUGGUGCUGGUCCAGAUGGACGUCUGAUGCUUUAAAGGGAGAUCAUUGUGGAUUUGCAAAAGGAUGACUCCCCCCGUCAAGGCAGCGAAUCUUUAUUUAUAUUCCGCUUUUGUGCAAAUAUUCACAUGCUAGACGCAGUGGGAUGUGCCCCACUUCCCCCCCCAGCACCGUCCCCGCCCCGACUUCCUCCAAGUGCUCGUUCUAUAAUCUCUCAUCUUUUCCGUCUAUCAGUCCCUCCGACAGACUCAUGCAGAACCAUGAAUAUGUAUAAACGUCAAUCAUAAAUGACAUUUAGAAGAGUUGCCACUCGUCUGGGAUGAGCUUAAGGGGUUAAGUGAUGUAAUCCUCAUUUUACAUGUGCUACAGAGAGAAAGUAACAAGAUUUUCCAGCCAAAGCUCUCCUGGCGGAUGAUAUAUGAAUGGGGAGUCAAUCAUGACUAAUAUAUUGUGGUGGAGGGAAGAAAAUGUAAGCACAUUCCUCAUUGGUUGCCUGUGUUUUUUCUUCGGUGUUUAAUGUUGUGAAAUCAAUAUGAUCAUGAAUUGUGAAAAGAGAAUGCUGGCAUUUGAAACCCAUACAAAUGACAAAGUAAAAUGACCUCAUUGACUCAUUAGUGCUCUCGAGUGAGAAAGUCUUCAUUAAAUUCAUGAAAAGCUGUUGAACAUUGCUAAUAAAUAUCCUG